AUGCGUAAUACAAUUGAAAGUUAUAUAUCAAAAAGAAAAGAUGAAUAUAAGAAUAUUGAACGAAAUCUUAGUCAUACAAUGUUAACAACUGAUUAUCGUGGUAAUAAUAUUGAUAUUUAUAAUCAACAAUCAUUUGAUUAUACAACAUUUACUCAAUCUCAAUCGGUAGCAAUCAUACAUAUAAAACGUUUUAUUGAAAAUUUAAUUGAAAUUGGUUAUGAACUUGGUCUAUAUGGUUUAUUAAUAUUUGCAAUAGAAAUACGAAAAAAAUUCAAAUCAAAUCCUAUUUGUUUAUCAAUUACUGAUUCAUCAACUCGUGAAAUGUUUGAUGAUAUAUUGCAACGUCUUGAAUGUCUUAUUGAUGAUAUAUUAAAAAAUUUAUGUCGAUUAAAUGAACAUAAUUAUGAAAUAUUAUUUAGUUCCAAAGUUCGUCUACUACUUGAACGAAUAAUUAAACAACAAAAUAAAAAAACUAUAUCUGGUCAAUGUAUUGUAUUUGUUGAACGUGUAUAUACAGCAACAAUAUUAAGUCGAGUUUUAUCUCAUCUUGCAUUAUCUCUUGAACCACCAUUGAAUACUCUAUUGAAAAUUAGUCAUGUUACAGGAACAAAAACUAUUUUUCCUGAUAAAACAGUAACAACAAAAUCACAACGUGAAACUAUUAAAAACUUUCGAUUAGCUAAAGUUAAUGUUUUAAUUGCAACUGCAGUAAUUGAAGAAGGUCUUGAUAUUCCACAAUGUGAUCUAGUUAUACGUUUUAAUAAACCAAAUAAUUUUUCAUCUUAUAUGCAAUCAAAAGGUCGUGCAAGAGCAAAACAAAAUGCAUCAUAUAUUCUUUUUAUGGAUGCAUCAAAUAUUGAUGCAUACAAUCGUGAUCAAAUAGAAUAUCAGAAUUAUGAAGAAAUAGAAAAGAUGAUUCAACAUGGUUUUUCACUAGACGAACAUGAUGAUGAUUCUAAUAUUGAUCUAUCAGAAAUUCCACCUUAUUGUCCAUCAAAUGGUUUAAUUAUUGAUGCAACACGUGCUGCACAAUUAAUCAUGGAAUAUUGUGUACUACUUGGUAAUGGUCAAAUUUUUCCUCCUCGAUUUCUUUUUCAUGGUCAUACGAAUCCAUAUACAUGUAUUUUAUCAAUGCCAGCAAAUUGUCCUGUUCGUGAUGAUAUUCAAUGUACAAGUAAGAGAAAGAAAUUAGCAAAAUAUAAAUGUUGUUUAGAAAUGGUUAAAAAACUUCAUGAACAAGGUGAAUUUAAUGAACAUUGUUUACCAAAUCGAAAUCGUACAUUAUUAAAAAUUGAUAUAAAAAUUGAAAAUCAAAUAUUUCAAUUAGUUGAUGAAUUAUUUGAAAAGAAAUCUGAAAAUUCUUUUGAAACAUUUUCAAAACAAAUUACAAAAUUUCCUUUGAAAACUAAUCAAUUAUCAACUAAUUGGCAUCUUUAUCAAAUUAAUAAUGAACUUGGUUUUGUUGUUCCAUAUGAAUUAAUGAAAUUACCUCGAUUUAAUCUUUAUGAACAUGAUAAAAUAACCAUCAUAGAAGUUCUUUAUUUAAAAUCUAUUAAUUAUGAACAAUAUCAAAAUCAAUUAAAAGAUUUUUGUCAAUAUUUAUUUGAAUAUGUAUUUGAUGAUAUGAAUAUAAAUAAAAUUCUUAAAUUUGAUAUUGAAAAUUCAACAUUUAAAUUAUUACCUUGUUUAUUAACAAAAACAGGUGAUAUUGAUUGUAAUCGAAUGAAAAUAAUUUGUAAUCGAAAAAAUAAAAUAAUUCAAAAUAAUUCAGAAUUAAAUGAUACUGAACUUUAUUAUCCAUCACAUUUACCAGACAAACGACUUUAUAUGCAUAUAUCAGACAAAUCUUUAUUAAAACCAGCAUCAGCUCCAUGGGAUCAAAAAAUAUUAUCAGAAAAUAUUAAAACUUAUGCAGAUUAUUUUGAAUAUAAAGUUCCAAAUGUUCAUAUUCGACGAGAUAUAAAUUUAGUAACAAUGAGAGGAGUUAAAAAAACAAGAAUAAAUUAUUUAAAAGAAAUAUUGAUAAAUAUUGAUAAAGAAAUAACUGAUUCAGAAAGUCAACCGGUUUAUUAUCCAAUAGAAUUUCUUUGUUAUGCACCAUUAAAUAAAGUAGAUUUAGAAAUAAUUUAUAAAUUACCAAGUAUUCUUGUUCGUAUUUCACAAUUAUAUCGAAUUGAACGAUUAAGAAAAUUAUUUGCAGAUAAUAUUAAAUAUUAUUCGUUACUCGAUAGUGAUCAAAUGCCAACAGUAACUUUCAAUGAUUGUCUACGAACUAAUACAAAUCCAUCGUUAUUACCACUUAUUCCAUUAAUCUAUAAUAAUUUAUCAUUAAAUCUAUCAAAAUUACAACCAUCACCUGAUAUUCUUUUUCAAGCUAUAACACGUCGUUCAACUGAUGAAAAAACUGAUAUGGAAAAUCUUGAAAUUCUUGGUGAUUGUUUUCUUAAAUUAACAGUAUCAAUGGCACUUUAUCAUCGUCAUCCAUUGGCUAGUGCUGGUGCUUUAACUGUUGAAAAAGCUAAACAAAUAUCAAAUGAAAAUCUUUAUCGAAUAGCUGUUCAAAAACAAUUAAAAUGUUAUUUAAAUGUUAUGAAAAUUAAUUUUCGUGGUAAAGAUGCUAAUUGGCUUCCACCUGGAUAUAUAAUUAAUGAAAUAGAACAAAUGAAAAAUAAUUAUGAAUUUAAUAUAAAACGAUAUAAUAAUCAAUAUGUUAAACGAAAAGCAUUUGCUGAUAUGAUUGAAGCAUUUAUUGGUGCUUUUUUAAUAUCAACAAAUUAUAUAAUAACAAUAGAAUUUAUGAAAUGGUUAGGUCUUGAUGUUAUUCCAUUAAAUGAUAAUAAUAAUAUUAUGGAAAUACCAUCGAUUCUUUGUCCAUGUAAUAAAAAUAAUGAAAUAAAUCAAAUUGUAGAAAAAUUUUAUAUAGAACAAGAAUUUUUUGAUAUUGAAAAUGUUAUUAAGUAUAAAUUUAAUAAUAAAGCUUAUCUUAUUGCAGCAUUUACUCAUCCAUCAAGUUUUACUAAUCGUCUUACAAAUUGUUAUGAAAGAUUAGAAUUUUUGGGUGAUGCUGUAUUAGAUUUUCUUGUGACACGACAUAUUUUUGCUAAUAAUACAAAUAUUACACCAGGUCGAGUAACAGAUAUUCGACAAGAUUUAUCAAAUAAUGGUCGUUUAGCUUAUAUCUUAGUUAAAUAUCGUCUUCAUACAAAAAUUCUUCAUAAUUCACCUGAUCUAUUUGGUAAAAUAUCAUUAUAUGCUGGUGAUGAUGAAUUAUUUCCAAAAGAUUCAUUAAUUGAUAAUCAACUAAGCAAAGAUAUUGAUCAAUGGGCUGAUUCAACAGCACCUAAAGCUUUAGCUGAUGUUUUUGAAGCAUUAGUUGGAGCAAUAUUUCUUGAUUCUGGUAAAUGUUUACAAACUGUUUGGAAUGUUAUUGAACCUUUACUUCAAAACUAUAUUGAUCGAUCAAUUACUGAUCCAAAUUUAAAUCCAGUACGUACAUUUUUUGAACAAGGUGGAAAAGUUAUAUUAGAAUCUACUAAGACUGAUACUGAUAAAGACAUUAUAAUAUCUAUUUGUAUAAUUGAAACAGUAAAUGGAUGUCAAUUUGAAGGUUGUGGAGCAAAUAAAAAAAUGGCAAAAGCUGAUGCAUGUCGAAAUGCAAUUAAAUCUAUGAUGCAAAAAUAA